CUCAACAGCAUCCACCGCCCCAGUGGGAUUACCCUCCCCCAUUAGACGGCACCUUGUACCGGCAACACUGGCACAUUCACCCGCAAUCCUUUUUUGUCCCAACCCAGCCAGAACCCCAAACCAUUGUUCCACCCCGAGUCCACCAGCACCCACACGCGGACAUGUAGCUACUGCGGCCGUCGGAAAAUCCGCGCGGGUCGAGGCAGAUGCAUACUCGUCGACAUGUAACGGUUACGCACACGGUGGAGAGAGCAACGUGAAACUGGCAACACUCGCAUGAACUGUGGCCAUGGUUUGUCGGUGGUGGCAACUCUUCUAGAUCUUUGCCUGCACAGCUAUCCGUGCUUCUACACACAUGUAGUCCGGGCAGGGACAUACGUCAGGCAAAGAGCCAUGUCCAUGCACAUACAUACGGUACUCGAGGCACGUGAGGCGCAGCCACGCAUUUUUUUUGCCGUUUGCACUGCGAUCUGUGAGACUUGGAGGCAGUCCUUGAAGAUCGAAGAGCAUCGCUCCCUCUUGGCCUGCAUUGGUUCCAGUACACACAGGUCGUCGAGUUUAGUGCUGCUCACGGCUCACGGCUUUCUCCACGAGCAUAUCAUGCUGUUGUGUGUAGUGGUCGGUGUAUCAAAGCUUGGAACCGCGCUGCUUUUGGGGUCCAACCAAGCCGUACCCACCGGCAAUGUUUGUAAUAUCAAGGGAUGCAAAAAAAGGGUCCAGCAAUUUCCUGUGCAUCGAUACAUUGAUAGAUACUCAUUCAUCUACUUACUCACUCUACACAGAUGGGUUGCCCUACUGGCAUUACUUCGGGUACGACUCAUCUACUAGCCCGCGAGCACCGAUGGUUGACGUCGUGCAUCGGCUAAUCUGGAGCCAGUCGUUUAGAUCCCGGCUCACCAGUCCAACGGAGUUUCACAUGCGAACCAAUAUCACAACCAAGUCAUGUCACUACUACACUAGCAUCCAUCUGCGCCGACUGCUGAGCCAUUUUCUCCAGAGCAUGUACUCUAGCACAAUCCAGUACGGCCCAAGGGUUCCGUCUCCAGUCUACUUGUCCGCAGGUAGAGGCAUGCAGGCAGGGUGUGCUCGAUAUUGAGAAG